CGACAUAUUGGUUGGCUUGGCAACAGUCGUAGGUAGCGUUGGUUUCCGACUUCUCAAACACACGUAAAAAAACCAAAAACAAACCAGAUAGUUGGGUAUUAUUAAAGAAGCGUCUGUUAGCGUAUGUAGCCAGCUUCAUUAUAAUCUUCAGUGAAGAUGAUUGAUUCUUCUCUGAAUUCUUUGGGUGCGAAAGUAGUGGUCGCUGCAUCCGGCGAUGAGAAUCAUCCACCAGAAAACAUCAUUGACGGAAACACGACAACCUUUUGGAUGAGCACUGGUAUGUUUCCUCAAGAGUUCAUCAUUCACUUGGCUGAUCUCGCGAACAUUACUGCAGUGACUGUCGACAGCUACAAUGUCAAACGUCUAAAGAUAGAAAAGAAUACCUCACAAAAUGUUUCUCAUUUUGAGUUGGUCACGGAGCAAGAAUUAGAACAUACAGAGGGACAUCUUCAGUCAAAUACUAUAUCGCUAAAUAGGAGCAGCGCAACCCAUCUUCGUUUUAUCAUCACCUCAGGAUACGAUCACUUUGUCUCAGUGCAUAGAGUCAGUGUACAGCAUUAAAACAUUUGAUGGUUGCAUCAUGCAUUUAUGUAUGUAUAUAUUUAUAUGUCAUUAUUUGGUCAAUAAAAUAUGAGUAGAUCUCA